AUGGCAACAUCUCAGCAGCAGGAUUUGGUGAUCUUCAACGAUAAUUCGUUAAUUUCAAAUGAAAUAUUGAAGUCUCCGUCGUCAUACUGUUCGAUAAUUUCACAUAUACAAGGUACUUCUCCAACAUGGUUAAUUAAUUCACUACUUGAAAAUUCGUUAAUUGGAACUGCAUGCCUAGUUAAUAAUGACCUUAAUAAAAAGAUACCUAAUAGAUCUGAAGUCUACUUUAUUUCAUUCUCCCAUCCAAAGGACUUUUAUAUCAAAAACUGUAAGAAAAAUGGAUUAGAUCUAUCAUUAUUGCCAAACUUCAAGUUUAUUGAUUGUUUUAGUGAUUUGUUUUUAAAGAUGAUUAAGAAUCCAAGCAAGGCUUCAGGUGAAGUUUCCAAGUUAUUUGAAAAUAUUAUGGAUGAAAUCAAUGCAAAUGCUAAUAAUAAUAAAGUUAUAUUCAUUGAAUCAAUGGAAAUCCUAUUGUCCUCAACUAAUAUUGAAAGUAAUGAGCUUUUAAAACAAUGCUUCAAAAUAAAUAAAUUGUGUCGCCAAUUGUUUGUGAUACUGGCCCAAGACUAUCCACAAAUAAUUGAUUCGUCAGUAAGUAUACCUCAAGACUCAGUAUUUAAGAUCACAGACUUUUUGCUGAAGCUCUACCACAGAUCUCAACUAAAUCUUAAUUUACAACCUUUACCUACUGGAAGAGCAAAUGAUAUCACGGGUUGCUUAACUAUAUCAAAAGGUGCAAUUCCUUACGAAAGUAUUGAAGGCGUGGAAGUCAUUGAAAAAGAAUAUAUUUACUACGUUAAUAAAGAAUCUAGUAUUAAAUUAUUUUUCCGCUAA